AGACUACAUCAGCAGGUACAGAAGUGGAGCAAGCUAAUCCUGGGAAGGAAGCCUUUAUACUAAGAACUGGUUUGAAUUUUACAGAAACUUACUGUGUGGACUGCUUAAGUGCUAAAUGAUCUUUUUCCUUCGGAAAAAGAUGGUUGCCACUAGGAUACAGGUUUACAUCAUUUUAAUGACAAUGUUUACAGGUACUCACUGUGAUGAAGACAUCAACGAAUGUUACAGGAACCCUUGCCAAAAUGGUGGAAUCUGUGAGAAUUUUCCUGGGAAUUACACUUGCCAUUGCCCAUCUGCAGACAAAGAAGGGAUUUAUUACGGUGGCUGGAACUGUACAGAAGUUCUUCAUGGCUGUACUGAUCAGCAAUGCCAAAACAAUGGAAUAUGUAUCCCACAUUUAAAAAAUGGCCAACACGGAUUCAGCUGCAUAUGUUCACCUGGGUAUACUGGAAUACACUGUGAAACCAUAACCACGUUUUCUUUUCAAGGAAACAGUUUCCUUUUGUUGAAGAAUCCCCUGACCCCUAAAAAGGAUUUUUUCUAUAAUAUAAACCUGAGGUUUCAAACUGUGCAACCUACAGCUUUUCUGUUUUACCGAGGGGAGAAAAAUACAUUUGCAAAGCUGGAGUUACUGAAUGGCUACUUACACUUAUCCGUGCAAGUCAAUAACCAGCCACAGGCUCUUUUGCAUAUUUCACGUAAUGUCAGUGAUGGAGAAUGGCAUUCAGUGGAGGUAACCUUGGCAAGAGCUGUUACUCUUCAUUUGCUUGACAGCUCUUGUGUAGAAUCGUGUCUCAAUAAAACGUCUGCUAUGAUAGAUAACGAUCACGUGAUGCUUGCAUUUCAGAGCACGUUUUUGGGCGGCUUACCAGUGGGUAACCCUCUGCUUAACAUCUAUAAUAUACAUUCUGCACCUUCAUUUGUAGGCUGUCUUCAGGACAUUGAAAUAGACUUGAAUGUUAUAACUCCUGAGAAUGUGUCACCUGAAUCAUCUUUAAAUGUCAGGACAGGAUGUACUAAAAAGGACUGGUGUGAAACCCAGCCUUGUCAGAACAGGGGACGCUGUACCAACCUGUGGCUGAGCUACCACUGCGAUUGCUACCGGCCGUACAUGGGGCCACGCUGCGCAACAGAGUACAUUCCAGGCCGGUUUGGAUCUGAGGACUCCUCAGGCUAUGCUGCUUUUUCUGUUGAUGCCACUCAGAAUGAAAAUUUGAACAUAUCAAUGUUUGUCCGAACACGCAAAUAUUCUGGCUUGUUACUGGCUUUGAGAAACAGUACUUACCUCUACGUAAGAGUCUACUUGGAAGGUGGGAAACUCACAAUGUUAGCUCUAAAUUCCAUUAAGUUAUUAGGGAAACACUCCAUGAACGAUGGAAACUUUUACUUAAUAACAUUAAAAAUAGAACCAAAUAAGAUGGAAUUGUUCCAGUCCUCGCAAUACCUAGGCUUUAUUUCUACUCCAGUACUAACCAUCCAAAGUAAGCAUAUUCUUUACAUUGGAGGCCUACCAGAUAAUAAAGAAACUGAUAGAAAUGGCAGAUAUUUCAAAGGCUGCAUCCAAGAUGUGAGAGUGAAUAACCAGCCGCUGGAAUUCUUCCCCAUCACCAAUCCACUGACUUCUCUUAUCAACCGAACUCUGAUCAAUGUCACCCAAGGCUGCACUGGUGACAACCUCUGCAAGUCCAACCCUUGCCACAACGGUGGUGUGUGCUAUUCAAUCUGGGAUGACUUCACUUGCACGUGCCCCCCUAACACAGCAGGGAAGGCAUGCGAGGAAGUUAAGUGGUGUGAGCUUGGGCCCUGUCCUCAUGAAGCACAAUGCCAGCUGGUGCACCAAGGAUUUGAAUGUCUUGCUAACGCAGUGUUUAAUGGCCGAAGCAGUGCGAUAUUUUACAGAAGCAAUGGAAAAAUCAGCAGAGCCCUCACCAAUAUCGUAUUUGGCUUUCGAACCAGGGACACUGACGUGAUACUGCUGUACGCGGAGAAGGAGCCAGAGUUUGUUACCAUCAGUAUUCACAACUCCAAAUUACUCUUUCAAUUGCAAAGCGGCAACAGCUUUUAUAAGCUGACCCUUGGUAGUUCACUACCUGUGAGUGAUGGGAAAUGGCAUCAAGUGAUGGUCUCUAUGGUAGAGCCCCUCUCCCAGUUCUCUAGAUGGCACAUUGAUAUAGAUUACAAGAAAGACACUGCCACUAGCACAACUGCCGCAGGAAGCCUCAACUUUUUAAGAGAAGAGACAGACAUCUAUGUGGCUGACAAGGCUUUUGACAGUCUGGAUGGCCUGCGAGGGUGUAUGAGCACCAUAGAAAUCAGUGGCAUUUAUCUCUCGUACUUCGAAGAUGCUGACAUCCCUACUAAAAAACCUCAAGAGGAGCAAUUUCUCAAAAUAUCCGCAAACCCUGCUCUUACUGGCUGUUUGCAGGUAGAUGUCUGCAGCUCAGAUCCCUGUAUGCAUGAGGGGAUAUGUGAAGACUUCUAUACUUCCUACCACUGCGUAUGUCCCAAAGGAUGGACUGGCACCCGUUGCGAAGUCAACAUUGAUGAAUGCUCUUCAAACCCCUGCAUUCAUGGAAACUGCACUGACGGGAUCACCUCUUAUGAGUGCAGUUGUGAACCUGGUUACACAGGGGUAAAUUGUGAAGAGGACAUAGACAACUGCCGUGGCCACCAGUGUGCAAAUGGGGCCACUUGCGUCGAUGGGAUUAACGGAUAUUCUUGCGUGUGUGCUGGUAACUUCACCGGAAAAUUUUGCAGAUACAGAAGAUUACCAUAUACGAUUUGUGGGAAUGAAGAGAGGAACCUCACAUGUUUCAACUAUGGCAACUGCACCGAUCUCAGUGGCGAGUUGACAUGCGUGUGCCUGCCGGGAUUUGCUGGGGAACGGUGUGAAAAGGACAUUGAUGAGUGCAGCUCCGACCCGUGUCUGAAUGGGGGCCUCUGCCAGAACCUACUCAACAAGUUCCACUGCCUCUGCGACGUGAACUAUGCCGGCGACCGUUGUGAGAUAGAUUUGACAACUGACUUGAUCUCGAACAUAUUCGCCUCCAUUGGCUCAGUAACGCUGGCCUUGUUGUUGAUCCUCUUCUUGGCAGUUGUGGUUUCAGUCAUCGCUGCCAAUAAACGGGCGACUCAAGGGACCUACAGCCCCAGCCGGCAGGAGAAGGAGGGAUCCCGGGUAGAGAUGUGGAACAUGGUGCAGCCACCGCCAAUGGAAAGACUGAUUUAG